UUUUUUUUUCCGCAACUAUCUAUAUUUGUUUUUUUUUUUUUUGCUUUAUUUUUAUUUGCCACCAUUCUUUACUAUUCAUGACUUUAAUCUUAACAAAAACGUGUCACCAUGCGUUAUUAGUGGCUAUUGAAGAAGGUAUUGGUUUUCCUUCACUUGGAGAUCGUGAUCUUUUUAUUCAUAGUCGUUUAGAACUUCACUUACCAGAAACAGUAGGCGACCUCAUACCACCACCAACUAUUAUUUCUACCAAACCAACUAAACUCGUAUCCGAUCCUCAAUGGCGUACCACUUUAGUCUACUUUUUAUCGGCAAAACUUCUACGACGACUAAGGCGACGACAAGCUCAAGUGACUUUACAGAUAAGAGCUAUGGCAGAACAAGGCGACACAAAAGAAAUAGGUUUAGCAAGUUUACGAGUGGAUCAAGCAAAAAUCAUUAAAAUGGUACAAGGUGAACGAUCACUCAGUAUAGUCAAGAAUUAUGUAGUCGACAAAGGGGAAUGGAAACCAAUUACAAAAGAAGGGAUGAGUCGUGCACAGAUCAAGGCUGGAUUAUUUAUUGUUGACAUGCCACCUCCUGCUGGUGAACGACAUAGACAAGUAGCUACUCCUCUAAGGAAUCCAAUCAUACACAACAAACAAAUGGAAGAUGAAUUAGGAUUGGAAAUAUAUUCAGCUGAUACAAGUGAUUGUUUAACAACAAAUUCAUCAUCAAGGGAUACUGAUGAUGAUGAUGAUGAUUCUCACCAAGUAAAACAACAAACACCACCACCAACUUCUUCUUUACUACAUCAUCAUCAUCAUGUUAAGAAACAAUGGAUCAAUGCUAUAUCAACACCAACAUCACCAUUAUCAACAUCACCUUCUCCAACACCAUCACUUUCCAGUACAACUACCUCUCUUCAAGUUUGUCAUCGAAAAAAAGAUCAAUUAACUUAUCUUCAAAUUGGGAAUGGAUCACAGAGAUAUAGUUUUGUUUUACGGAUUGUGGAAGCUACAGCAGUUAUGUCUUUGAUACCAUCUAAACUUCGUACUCUCGAUACACGGAACUUUUUACAAUAUACAUUCUCAGAAUGGCAAGUGAAGCAUCAUGUGUAUACAACAGGAAAUUCAUGGCAAAUCACAGAUCCACCCAUGUGUCUUGCUUUACAAGGUCAUUUACACGAUUUACAACAAUGGCUUUCUCAUCAAGGUCAGAUUGAAAUAUGUUUAGUAUUAAUGGAUAAAACAACACAAUUGGAACAUACAAUUGGUAAAGCUAUGGUAAGAUUGAAAGGAUGGUGUCCAUUGGGUAUUCAACAAGCUUCUUUUCCUAUACAUGAUCGAUCGAAUCGUUUACAUGUGGAUCAACCUUAUCAAUUUGCUCGAGUGACUAUUCAACUUGGAUUGACUGAAGGAUGGGGGGAUGAAGAUCGACAAGAAGAUGGAUCAUUAAAAAGAUCUCAUAGUGAAAGUGAUGACACCCUUGUACAACAACAACCUCAAUAUAUACAAAUUCAAUCAAAAUCAAAUUCAAUAAAAUAUUAGUUUUUUUUUUUU